AGAUGAAUCUAUUUUAAAUCUUGAGAAACACAUUAAGAUGUGGACUAACAGUACCAGCAUUAAACAUCAACUCUGUCAGACAUGUUCAGAUAAAACAACUAUGAGAUAUGUGUUUAUUUAUUUAGCUGCUACAAGACCAGACCCACAGACUCCUCCACAUCCUCCUUCACCUCCUCCAUCACAGUCUCCUUCAGCUUCUCCUUCAUAUCACACCUCAGUAUCUCUGAUAGUGCUGAUCUCUGUUGCUGUUGCUGGAUCUCUGGUGAUUGUGGCUGUAAUUCUGAUGUUUUGUAUCUGCAGGAAACACAGAGACUCAGUUCAUGAAGACGAGACUCGAGCUGCUGUAAAACUCUACAAACACACUGCACUGAUGACGGAAUCUGACGUGACGGAGGUGAUUUACACGUGUUUCAUCACAGAACAAUCAUCAAACUCUCUGUGAUUCUGUUUUCCUCAUAAAUCAUAUAUUGAUCAUAACUGCAUCUGGCUUUAAACUCUAAUACUGUUUCAUAUACAGUUCUAGAUAUUUGUUUUGUCAGAAUAUUUUCAUGUGAUUUUUGAUAAUUUUGUGAUCCUGAAUGAUAGAUACUGCAGAUAAACAAAGAUUGCUUUGCUUACACUGGAUAUUUUUUUCUGUCUGUCUGCCUUUAUCAAUGAAGUUUUCUCACUCAUUUUUAUUACAUGUUGAGUGUCUCCUGGAGAAAUACAAACUAUGUAUACGUUUGAACUGAAAUGUGUGUUGGCAGUGUGUACACAACCACAUUAUAAUGAUAAAAAUCCACCCAGGGUUUUUUUU